CUGCUAGUUAUCAGCGUUUGACACGCAUAGGAUAUUACUUGGGCUGUGUCUCAAAACCUCGUGACCUGCCUACUUGGACAGCAUUUUUGGGCAUACAAGCGCAUUGCUCUAAUGUGCUGCCGUGUCCUGACUUGAAACCCGCCAAUGAUGUCCAAAAUGUUGUUUAGUAAGUAGGCAGCUCAAUAGGUUUUUGAAACAGCCAUUAUCUGUAACUCGUUAAUCUACUGUAUAACUACUGUAUACAAACAUGCACUGCCUCUGUCAGGAGGAGGGACGACUAUGCCUGUAGUCAUAGUGUAAAUCGCUAAAUAAGCAGAUGUGGAUGUGUCGUCUUCGACUGUCGUCAGUAUCAUUUGAUGGGACUGAAGGAUGGCAGCAAAGGAGGAUCUUUACUCAAAGAUUAUUCCGCGCAGAUUGAGACAGAACAGUUCCGUCUCUGUCAAACAUGGAUCCAAUCUGGACGUGCUGCUUUCGAUGGGAUUUCCUCAGCAGAGAGCAUUGAAAGCUCUGGCAUCAACUGGAGGCAGAAGUGUUCAGCUUGCAUGUGACUGGCUUUUCUCUCAUUUGGAUGACCCUUUCCUGGAUGACCCUUUACCCAGAGAGUAUGUGCUGUAUCUGCGCCCAAGUGGGCCCUUACAAAACCAGCUUUCUCAUUUCUGGCAGCAGUCUCGCUUGACUUGUGGAAAAAAUAAAGCUCACAACAUAUUCCCACACAUCACACUCUGCCAGUUCUUUAUGUGUCCAGACAAUAAACUAGUGGCUCUGUGUGAAGCUCUGCAGUCUGCAGUGAAUCAAUGGAGAGGACGCUUCCCCAGCCCUCUGCCCCUGGAGCUCUACACCUCCACCAACUUCAUAGGCCUCUUCGUGGAGGAGCAGGUGGCUGAGACGCUGAAGAAGUUUGCGGCUGAUUUUGCGGUGGAGGCUGCUGCUAAAGCUGAUGUCCAUGUGGAACCCCAUAAAAAGCAGCUUCAUUUGACUCUAGCCUAUCACUUCCCAACCAAUCAUUAUUCUGUCUUGGAAAAGUUGGCAAGAGGGAUUGAAGUCAAGCUGGGUUGUGAUUGGCUCGCUGCCCUCUUCUCACGAGACAUACGAUUUGCAAAUCACGAGACUUUGCGAGUGAUGUACCCCUACACUCCUCAGAACGACGAUGAGCUGGAACUGGUGCCUGGAGACUUUAUCUUCACGUCUACAGUAGAGCAUAUGAGCACUAGUGAGGGCUGGGUGUACGGCACGUCUCUGGGUACAGGCAUCUCUGGCCUGCUGCCUGAGAACUAUGUGAGUCCUGCUGAUGAGUCUGACACGUGGGUCUUCCAUGGGUCACACAGCUUCUUUUGUACUUCCCCUUCGGAAAAGGGUUGCAAGGAGAGCAAAUCAUUGGAUGGGCUGCUCAACAUUCGAUGCUUUGAAAACUCAAAGUUGGGAGAAUCUGCCAUCUUGAGUGUUAUUUGCCAACCCAUGCAGGUGCUUCGCUCCAACAUCCAGUCUCGGACCCCUAAAAGGACCUUGUUUGUAUGUCGGCAUGGAGAAAGAAUGGAUGUAGUGUUUGGGAAACACUGGCUCUCACAGUGUUCUGACUCUAAAGGCAGGUACGUGAGGAGUAACCUGAAUAUGCCUGCUGCACUACCUGCCCGGGGUGGAGCACACAGGGACUAUGAAAUGGAUGCUCCUAUCACAGUGGUUGGAGCUACACAGGCUAAGAUAGUGGGAAUGCAGCAAGAUGGCAGAAUAAGCAUUCGAGUGGAGCCUGGGCUUUUUGAGUGGACUAAAUGGGUGUCAGGAACAUCUUUGCCUGCUUGGAUACCCCCCACAGAUCUUGCUGCGGCCAACCUUAAUGUAGACACAACAUACAGACCUCACAUCCCCAUUAGCAAACUAACCGUCUCGGAGGCGUAUGACACAUACAUUAGUCGCAGUCACCAGGUGACCAAAGACAUUUUGGCACACUGCAAAAAUAAGGGAAAAAAUAUUCUAUUUGUGGGACAUGCUUCUUCUUUGGAGGCCUGCACUCGCCAGAUCCAGGGCCUUUCUCCUCAGAAUCCUAAGGAUUUUGUGCAAGUAGUCCGAAAGAUUCCAUACCUGGGUCUGUGUGCCUGUGAGGAGCAGGGGGACUCAGGAGUCUGGCAGCUAGUGGACCCACCAAUUCUUCCUUUAACUCAUGGGCCCAACCACAGCUUCAGCUGGAGAGAGACCUUACAGCAAGAAUGAGCUUAUCUGCAGGGUCUGUCCACAAGAGACUGAAAUGUUACCUGCACUGGAAGCACAAAACAGAAUAUUUUUUAAACAGAUCUGUCACAUCCAGGUUUAAGUUAUGCAAAUAAGAUAUGGGAUGUGGCAGAGUUUUUGUUUGCAGGUGGACAGAGGAGGUCGCACUGAAUAAUGAGCAUUUGUGAUCAUGUUUACUGAGCCUUUAAAAGGCUUUCUCAGGGCGUUGGCUAUCACUUUUAAAAAGUCAAAAUGCACAGUGGCACAAUGCAGCACUUAUGGUAAAGAUUAAAGAUCACUUCCUGCCAUGCAAAUAUGUACAAUUUUGCAAUGAGAUGUUAAAGAACUUAAAGGCAAUCAUGUCUUAAUCAUUUCUCUUGCAAAUGUAACUUGAAUGCAUAAAAAGUGUAACAUUUGUUUUAGCAUAGCUGAAUGGAUAUCAAAUGUAUUUGUAAUAUCUUUACAUUAAAGCUGCAGUGUGUAAUUAUUAAAAUAAAAUAAAAAAAAUUGUUUAAAAAGUUUUGUAUUAAUGUGCACAGACAGACCAAAUAAAAAGCCAAAUGUAGGUUGAUUUAUUUUUAUUUUUUCCCCUGAAAAGUGUAAACAUUGUAGUGGCUAACUGCUUUAUUGUUUGUGAACCCUUACACAGCAACAUGGCUCAACCAAUGGCGUGAGUUUAGGGAGGGGCUCUUUGUUUUUUCGACCAACGGCAGACAAGGGGGAGUCUUUGGGAAACCUGUUUGUGCUAAGGAGCACAGUUGCCAAGUCCGCGUAUUUUACGCGACUUUGGGCUUCUUUUAAAGUUGCGGGGAAAAAUCCCUGGUCGCGGGUUGCGGUUUUUUGGGCUUAUUUAAAAAAAAUAUAUAUGGUUGCUUGAUAGGGAAAUCUGACAAGCAACUUCGUUUCUUUAUUUAUAUUCGCCAUAUUCUCCAGUGCAUUGAUUGCCACUCUGUCUGCUCGAAGUUAAUAGCCAACCAGUGCAAUAAUAUAAGUGCUAUAGCGUAAUUUGCCAAAUGUUCCGCCUCUUCAUUGGAGAAAAAUCACAUUCAAAAGAAGGCGCGUGACGCUGUAAUCCAAGCGAUGAUAGAAGUAGACGUAGAGGAGUGGGAUGACUUUCUUUUAGACUAAUUUUUAUAAUGUUUUUGUAAUGUAUUAAUUAUCACGGGCUGUAAUAAAAAACAAGUAGUCAUAUCCUAAUACUGAGUAAAUACAUUUGGUUCGAAUAGCCUGUCUUAAAAUGUAUUUCUUUUUUUAACAUUUAAAUUUAGACUACAUUAUUAGAUUACCUUUUGACUUCAUGAAUACACAUAAAUGACACCUUAAUGAU